AUGGCUUGGCAUCUACUGCCCGGAGAGCUGCGCAACAGAAUCUACGAAUACGCCCUGACGGAGCCCGGCGGUUUACUAUACUACAAGCAUGAAGGUGCAGGCCGACUCUGCGCGUAUCGGCAUGCGCAAGAAAAGGAGGACGGCGGAGAAGAGAUAAAAGCCACGAAUCAGCUGCAAUAUGUCAACUGCGAGCUGCGCGCUGAAACAAAAGGACUUGGGCUCUGCUUCAAUAACAUCACUUUCGAGCCUGCUUCGGAGGAUGAUUUAUUCGAAGACUGUGUGCAAUUUCUCAACGAGGUCUCGAUUCGCCAACGCUCCCGGCUUCGUUCCCUCACUAUCACUGUAUAUGGCCGGCAACGAGUCCUCCAUUUCGCUGACAGCCGUUGGUAUCCGCUCCUCCACAACUUCGCCAAAGACUAUCCGGACUGCCAGAUUAGGAUCUGCACCGACGGUCUCAGUCAGGGCUCCAAUUAUCUCAUAUAUCGCGCCGUGCUGCUCGCCGUCAUCACCCGACGAGACGACGAGACAAGAAGGGGAUUGAGCAUUUUUACUGCUAUGACUCAAGAUCUAUUGUUGGGCGAACUCAAACGCAAAUAUCCGCAGUUCUUCGUUGAGGAGUAUUUGUCCCUUAUCGGAGGGCCGGUAGCGCCAAAUAUACGAUUCUUUCCUGCCGACCUUGUCUUCAAGCCUGAUAUGUUCCGGAGCACCCUUCAGCGCUCGAAAGGUUUUACGGAUCUCAUUGCCUCAUCGAUUGCGGGAGGCAUGGACGCAUGGAUGGAACGAGCGCAGGAGAUCUACGAAGGUGGAAUUUGA